GGGCUUGGCAGCCAGAGUCAGUCCCUGGAUGACCAAGUCAUUCCCAUUGGACUGUAGCUGUUGGCCCAGGCUGGUGAACUUCUCAAGGUUUUUUUUUUGUGAUUAAGGAUCUUAAACCUGGCUGAGGAGGUGCAAAGGCUUUGUGUUGUCUGUUUUUCCCCAACUUCCUUUUGCCUUUUCUUUGUUGGCAGAGUGGAAGAAAGGAGAACGUUCAGAGGUGAAUGCCACUAUAAUUGCUUCAGUAUUUUCCUGUUUCACCACUUUAACUGUCAUAAUUUAUGCCUCUAUGACAUUAGAGUAUGGUGAGGAGGAGUCUAAUAAUGUAUCCUAUAACCACCCAGAUAUCGUAUUUGUGCUGGGUAAACUGGUUCAAGGAGCUAACAUCACAAUGAUUAUUUCAUCAAUUUUUAGUAUAUGUAUUGUGCUGGUGAUUGUGUAUGUCAGCUGCCGAAGUCUUCCAUGUUGUUCAUGCUAUGACAGUAUCACUGGACUUGAGCAUCUAAAAAAUAAUGACGACCAGUUACAAACUACAGAAUUAGUCUGCCUUUCACGUGAUCAAGAGGACAGAAUUUUUAAUUGUCCAGUAAAAUUUCUUCAACCAAAUGCAGAAACAGAUUAUAAAAUAAGUGACCCUCCUCCUUACAUCAGGCUGACUUAGAAACAAAUUAUAUAAGGAUUUUAUGAACAGACCUUUUAUAAUUUUUAAAAAAGUAUUAAAUGUGUGCAAUUAUUAAAGAAAUUGAAAAAUACUCUCAACAGAUCCUGAAAAUAGAGGUGUUAACAUUAUUGUCUAUCUAUCCAUCUAUUUGUCUACAUGUACACCUUCAAAUAUAUGAAUUUACUUAUGUACAAAAAUGUUUUAUUAUAAAAGUGAAUAAAAACACUGAUACUCUGA